AAAGAAUUAAACUACUAAGUACUGUGAUUGAAUGUUUUUAAAUAAAUUAUAAUAAAAACGUGUCACUUCUUAAAAACACUAUUUAAACAGUAUGUAUAUAUCGUAGACAUUAAUGGGACUUGAUUUGUUGUCGAGAUUUUUCCCCUCAUGCCUAGAAGGCUAAUGAUAAGAUACAAAUUAUACUAGCAAAUAUGAUUCCACGAAUUAAUGAUGCUAAAAGUGACGAUGAUGAAUCAGAAAACAUCAAACUUUCAUACGAUGCUCUAAAAAAAGUAAAAUGGUACGACCACAUAUUAUUGAACCGACCGCUUCAAGUCAUUACAACUCUAAUUAUAGGGGCAAUCAUUAUUCCUCUGCUCAUCUACCAAUAUCAUUACAUUCCAAGUGGUGAAGACGAACUCUCAGUCGGAUCAUGUCUCUUACCAGCCACCUCCAGACUACCAUGUGGUCCUGGUAACGUUUCUGAGGACCAGUGCCAUCCUGAAUGUUGUUAUGAUGUCAGUGCAAAUUUCUGCUUCCACCGCCUACCCUCAAGAUUCACCUACCUUACUGAUCGUUUAUGGUCUGAGCACUCAAUUCUGCACCCAAGGGUCUUUUCUACUCCUUACAAUCGCAACAGCGUAAAAGACUUACGUCUAUCAAUCAAUGAAGAAUCUUCAUCACACCUUUCUAUAACUUUCUAUAAUGCAAAAGAACCAUUAAGACUAGGAAAGAGGCUAUAUAAUAAAACGUAUUCCUACCAAGUCAGAUCGCCUGAAAUAGGGAUUACGGUUCGGAGUAAUAGUGGCGUAAUAUUUGAUACAAUAAGUGGACCGUUGAUUGCAACAGAUGAGGUCUGGGAAGUUGUUUUUAGAUUAACAAAUGAAACAAUGCACGGUCUUGGUGAAUUACCUUUGGGUAAAGGAGUGCGUAUAAUUUUGUUUAGUAACGAUAAAGACUUCAGCGCAGUACCCUUGAUAUUUGCAAAAUAUAACGGCUCUUAUCACGGGCUACUAAUCGAUACAAAUGCGCCCACUGAAGUGAUGAUAUUGGAUGACAAUCAAAUCGUAGUCAGAAGUUUGACGGGGAGAGGACUCAAAUUACAUUUAUUCGCCGGACCUAAGCCAAGUGAUAUUAUGAAGGAUGCAAUGACACAAAUAGAUUCGAAAACAGAAUUUGAUUACUGGAAUCUCGGAGCUCAUGUUUGCGGCACGUCAGAUAUGGAACUCAGUGCGUAUAUUAACAAUUUAGUAUCAUUGAGGGUACCGUUUGAAAGUCACUGCGGACAAAAACCAAUUGUAAUUGGAAGCAAUCGAUGUGAAGCGAAAGAAGAGGAAAAUAUACGCGCUGUUCAGAACAGUGCAGAUGUCAUUCGAAGAGUUGCCAGACGGUUCGUGCCGCGGAUAUCACCGUAUAUUCGAUACAACGAGAAUAGUAGCUUCCCUUUGCCAGCGAUUUGCUCAAUACUCCCGGAAUUUGAACUAUUCAUGUACCACGAGCCUCGGACGUUUGGUAUUUAUAAAGGGACAGUUGAUGACGAUCAAGUUAUGUACCCAGCGUACGAUAUAGCGACGCAAGUAUUUCUCAACCGAAUGUGGCCUUUUACAACACAAUUUGAUGGGCUUGUUGUGGAAAAUAACUGGCCGUUAGACCAAAGUAAUAAAACUGCACACGAUCCGUCGCCUUUUCUACCAUAUUACAAUGAGCAAUUCAAACAGGCUCUGCGAAAUACACCUAAGUGGAAUGUUACUCUUCUUGAUCAGGCCAACAAAUUCAUACACAAACACAACACUUACGGAAAGGAAUCAUUCGAAGUUCUUUACAAUUUAGCUGGAAGCAAUAUGUUUGCUAUGACUACAAGCCAAUGGAUGAGUGGUACUGCAGCUAUUAACCGACAGAAUAUUAACGCUACCUGGAGUAGCAUUAAAAGAGAACUAGUCACAGCAGCGUUGGGAGGAAUUUCCGGGCAUUGGCUUUGGUCUUCUCCGAUUUGUGGCGACAAUAAAGACUUUCAUGCUGAAAACCAGACAAGCCUAUGCAUCAAAUGGUACUUAGCUGCGACAUUUCUUCCACUAAUAACGAUAGAUUGUACCACUGUACCCCGGGAUCCAACAGCAUUUAAUACGACCGAGAGACUACACAUGAUCGAAGCUUUGAAUAGACGACAAAGUCUUCUACCAUAUUUCAAUACGGUUCUACAGAAAGGGCCGCUUUUAAGACCAAUGUUCUACCAAUUUCCAGAUGCACAUUACUUAGAGAAUAUUACGACGCAGUUCGGUGUUGGGGAUAGUUUGAUGAUUGUUCCAAAUUUACAGCCAUUUCAAAGUCAUGUUCAUGUACUAAUGCCUCCUGGUUCUUGGUUUGAAUUUUGGGGUGGAGCUAGAGUGAAUUCCAGCGAAGGACAGAUGGCUACCAUGACUACUUUGGAGUCUGAACUGUUGACUUUGAUUCGUGCUGGCUCAAUAGUUAUGAUUCAACAUGACCCACAGCAAACAGCUGAAGAGACAAGACUAAGAUCAUUCCACACGUUAAUAAUCGCAUUAAAAUGUAAUAUUACAAACGGAACACUUCACAAUUGCUCCGCAUCCGGCACCAUUUUUAUGCUUCCUACAAUAUCUUUCUACUUCGAAGCGACCCAAGAGAAGUUGUAUAUCACAGCUCAAGGUGAUGACUUCGACCCAGUCUGUGAUUGGAGAAACGCUGCGAUUUGGAUGAAUGAUAUACAGCAUAUAAAAAUAUAUGGUCUUGAAGAGAGAUACAAUAAUUACGAUACGUUUAGACUCAUCACUCAAUGGAUCGACUUAUGCGAUUUAAUUAAUGACGAUGUUAUUGUUUUUGACCUAGUUUAGU